AUGUCCAAGAUACUCCAUCAGUUGGCAACCUUUCAAGCAGUGGGCGGGGAGGAGAAGCAGGAGGAGGAGGAGGAUAAGGAGGAGAAGGAUGAUGGUAGUGGUGGGUCAGUAGAAUUGUCAGGGUUAGUUGGCGGCGGAGAGGAGAAGGAAGAGGGAGGCGGUGGGACGAUGGUUGGUGCCGUUUGAGAGGUGGAGUUAAUCCGAAGAUGUCCAACAGGUCCGAUUCGAGCCCGGAAUGUCAGUUGACAUCGAGGACACGUUGGGAGCGGUUGUGCGGCGGCGGUGGGCUAUAAUUCGGUUUUACAUAACGUUUACAUUUCACGAAUAAGUUUAACCCGACCUCCGUCGCACUUGAAUUCAGGGUUUCAGAAUUACAUGUUGUAUAUAUUCGUGUAUGUAAAACCACUGAUUUCUGUACAGUCAUAAGAGCAGACCAUAUAAGUUUCAUCAAAUUUAGUGGUAGAUAUAAGACAUGUUGUAUAUCUUUGAAGCAGAACUAGUAAAUUCAGAGACAUCAGGUUUUAUGAACGUGCAUUGCUCAGCGUUUAAAUGUCUUAUAAGUGGAAACUGUUCUAAAACUAUAUUUUGCUCUCAAUGUAAACAAUUUAAAAUGGCGCAUCUCUAAUACUUCUGUAAAAUGAAUAUGCAGGUUUUUUACAAGUUAUGUUUGAACAUUUGCAUGCUAAAAUGAACGAUGACAAGUCAUGCUACUUACGUACUACGUAUAUUAUUAUGCAUAUAUUUAAAAAAAUGCGGUUUUUGUAGGCGGACGAAAAGAAAUUCAUUUAGAAGCCGGCAUCCGGAGGUAACUGGGUCGUUAUAAAAUUUUGCUGCACGGUGAUUUAUAUUAAAACCCUAGUUAAUAAUAACUAUGGGUCGAAAGUGCAUUUCAAAAGUUCGGCUGCCACUUCAUUAGUUAACACAUCUAAUGUACUUAGCUCAGGAUUUAUCUAUUUUUUUAAAAUCUGAAAACCGAAAUGGAAACGACUGUUCAAAAACUGCUUUAGUAAUCGGAGCCUUCUAUAGCUAAACCUAUCAUAUUUCAUAUAAUGCAAACGGAAAUCAAGUGGGCUGACCAGAAACAACCCGUUUUUUACUGACUCGGUUGGAGAAGUCAUCUUAGACAACGUUCAAUUUGCCAUUCAGUAGGCCUUCCAUAAUACGAUCUAAUACAAGCCACAUUACUUCAGAAUCUAUCAGCCUUUCAUUCAUGUAUGUAGGUGUCAUCGCGCUGGCUAGAAUAACGGCCGGUCUGUUAACUUAACAACUAUAGUACAAGUAAUAACUCAUUAAUGUUUACUGAAAUUGUAAUAUGUGUCUUCGACUCUAAAAUAUUAGUAGGGUUGUAAUAUUCAUCACCAUACAGCCUUAUCCCAAAAUUAUCCUGCUUCCUCAGAAUGCCCAUUUUUGAAUGAAUAUUAGAUCGGCCGCCUGUAAGGCGUGCACUCAUUAAAAUGACUACUUAUGUAGUAUGUGCUUUUUCCUUGGUCUUUACCUUCCUUAUAAAUUCCAGUACAUCUUAUGGAAAGCAUCCAUAAAAAUAUGCAUCCUUUCAUCAUUAUGAACGUAAUUUAACUUUCCUUAUAUUUCAUCCUUGAAGAAAGAGUAGAAUAUGGUCUCAAAUGUUUCUAUUUAUAAGAUAUUUAAAUAUCGGGAAAUUUCUAUUUAUGCGACACCGCGUCCCUGUAGUUACCACGAUUGUUUGCAAAGUUUACAACCUGGCUUGCAUUCACUGCAAAGUUGAAUGAACCUUAUGCUGCCUCCUCGUAGUCGCGUAUAAGAACAUAUGAUUUUUUGUAGAUGGAAAUAUGUGCUUGUACUUAAGAAAACACUGAAUGCAAGUAAAAGUCCAAGGCGGGCACAAAUGAUUCGGAAAAACGAAACGUUUUUAAAAAUGAUGUAUGCCAUUUGUUGGAAUGUAACAUUUAAACAAGAGAACAAUGUCUUCCAAAUGAAUAAAAAAAUGAAUAUUUAUCUGGAUCCUCUCUAUCGGAUAUAUUUGGACAUUUAUUAGCGUCGAAAAUUGUAUCAGAAAAAGUUAUAGUUCGCACGUAGUCAUAUUAUAACGGGAAUAGUUUUUGCAGAAUGAAAGCUACAAGUUUAUCCAAAAACAGCUAUCAUGGAGUGCUUCCAUUAAUAAAAGACUUGACAGCACGGCGACGCACAUAAACAUCUUACUUAAGUAAUACUUUAAAGUCAAAAACUUAGAAUCUUGGUCAACAUCUCAACAGUGCACAUUUUACGUAAAUUGCAGUUGUCUUUGCGAUGUCCGUCGAGAAUCAGGUUGUCGGUGGUUUGCAAAUGAGUGCAAGAUCACAUUGCGAUAUGUUUUAACUGGCCUUAGGUCAAAACGUUCGUAUUUUAAUAUGUUUGAAGUACUCAUUGCUACAAACACUUAAAGGUAUCGCAAUUUCCUUUUUCUGUUGCAAAUGAAUGAAAGUAUAAAACCGCGUCAAACAAAAACUUAUUCAGAGGUUGAUUGACAACUCCGGAAUUGCGCUAUACUCGUGGAUGCUACAUAAACGUGGGAAGCAUUUCUUAAAUAACUCUCCUUACGGAGGUCGAUUUGCCUACUCUAUAAGAUGGAUACCCAGAAGGCUUGCUUCUUGGCCUCCUCUGUGUUGCAUGUGAUCAUCGACCGAGCACGCAUUAAUUUACUGCAGCAGAUAAUACAAUCAGUAGGCGCACUCUGCAGGUGUCACUUGGUCUACGUUACUAUUUAAUAUUGGUUAAAUGCAAUAAAUUUCAUUUACCGAAAAUAGGACAAGCGUUUUCAAGCUACCUAUAUUUGUGUAUUCGGGAACAGGUCCGCGUGAAUGUGCUCGACAUGAGACGAUAACCGGUAACCUGUCCUGUUUAAAGCAACAACUUGAAUCGAGUGCGCGAGAAUCUUGGAUAACUCUGAUGGUCGAAUUGGGGGUCAGAUGCGGAAUUUGUGGCCCUCGACAGGGACACAUCGAUCUGCCAGCAGACUGUUAGUGACUGCGUGGACAGCUCAGAAACAGAGCUAAAGAUUGACCUUGAUGAUGAUUACCAAGUUUGCACCGUCUAUUUAUUUAUGGACAAUGAGCUAACAUGGGAGUUCCAAAAGCUGCGUGUUUUUCCAUAUGCAUUUGCCAUUUUAUACCCUAAGAACAUAACGUAUGUUUUAAUUUGAGGCUUAUUCAGAUAAGUUAGGAGUAAGGGCCCGAGUUUUCUGGCAGAAUGCAGUUUUGAAAACCCAGCGUGAUCCAUGAAAAAGAAGAAUAAAUCCUGGUAGUUCAUGUGAGUUUUUUUUCAACUCUAACCGAUGGGUUUGAAGUCAUUCUGGUCAUUUUGCAUUGGACAAAUAUUGAUUCUUGACAUAUGGAAGCGGGGAGAACGGAGGGUGGCACCCGGUAACGGAUUAUUUUCGAAUAAAAACUUUGUGUAAAUGGGAAGCAUGGAAAUUGAUUUUUCGGACCACAAACUUGGUUGCACAUCUACCACCGUUGAAAUAGAGUAGUUUACAGCCUUCUUUAGUCCAUAAAAAGAAAUAUUCGUAAGACGCAUCCAGAAGGAGUUCAGAAAAAGUCCACAUUGUGCGCGAUACUCAAAUUUAACAAAUGCAUGCAUGCGCCUCAAAUGUAUAUUUAGGAAUUCCUUUCUGAUAAGCGUUCCCUCUGGUUUCUUUGGUGGUUCCUGUUAGUUAAGACAUAUUGAUCAGGACAAUAAAAGAAGUCAUGGACAUAUUCCAACUUCUCAAUAUAAUAAAUUAUUGGACCAUUGUAAAUAAAAACUAUUGCAAACCUAGAACAUCUGAAAACUGAGUUUUAUGAUUUUGGAUAGAUAAACAUAUACUAUAAAGAUAGUUGUUUUCGAUGGUAAAAUUGUACUCUACGGAGAAAAUGGGAACUAAAGGCAGUAAAGCAUAUGACGGCAACUUAUUUUUCCAUGUUGGAACAUUCAUUGUAAUGAAUCAAUAAUAAUACAAGCUUUAAUUUAACAUGCAUGGAGAAUAAAUUUGUAAGCAAACCAAUAAUUCCAGUAUGAAGCUAACGGCCGGGAAGAAUGCGUGGCAAACAAUUAUUCCAUGCUGUCCUUGUCGAACAUUAUUAAGACGACAGCCGUAUAAGUCAGCUCCACUGUAAACGUUCAAUCUAUAUCGUGUGCAAUUACGUUUGCCAUGGUAGAUAAUUAUGCUAUUUUGUGAAAUUUGACGAAGUAUGUUGUUGGCAUCCAUAUCGCCUUUUUUUAAAUCAACCGGUCCUUCAAAAGAACCUAUUGUGUUUCUGCCUAUGGGCCAAAAUGCGUAAAAUACUAAUAUGAAUUUGGUUAGGAUAAUAAUUAGCUAUGUGAAAACGAAUGAGAGCAAACUAUUAUCGGCAAUAUAUUUUCCUUGUUUGACGCUGCCUGUUUUGAUUAAUUAUAUAGCGGUAAACACUUAAACGAAUAGUAGGACAUUUGUUUCUUUACACCUAUUACUGAAUGUAGUGGCGACAUAUGCAUCUAGAAAUUAAUUUACAUUUUGACUAAGGACAUUUAUUUCUGAUGUACAAAAUGUAUGUCCAUACCGUUUCAAAAUUUUUCGGGGAUAAUAUCAAAAAUAUAAUUAAGAGGCACUGCCAAUUAUUUGAGGUUCGCUAGACUUAGUGGUUCAAUUUAAAGCUCUGCUAGCUUGUAACUCAUUCAACCAAGGAAACAAAAAUGUUGUCCUACCGACUCCCAAGAGACGUUCAAACGUAUUUUAAUAUUUUUAAGAUUUGCCAUAAAAUAUACUUAUAUUUACAAGUAGAAUGAAUUUAACCACUCUCAAUAAGAUAGUGCUAGUUGUAAUUUUUACUUUGGGAUGCUCAUUAACGUUGUCCAGAUACGCCAAUUUUUAAACCUUCUGUUUUAAUACUGUUUAUAACAUAUUAAGGGGAAAAAUCGUGUUUGAAGUUUUUCAUAUAUAAUAGAAGAUUGAUGGGUCCUCAUGACUUUUCUACUGCAUUGUGAAGAAGCCUAAGAAGCUUGAAGCACACCAUAACACAAAUACGCUUUUAAAUAAAAAUCACAGUCCUAUAGCUUGACUUAGAGAAGUGAAUGGGCGAAAUAUACAACUUUAAAUUGAAACAAUGUAGGCUUCAAAGACGUUUAAGAUAAACAUUACCAUAUAUGUGAUUACAACCGUAAACGCAGAGUGCUGGCCAUAGUAUAUGUAUGAAUAUCGACAUCAUUUUCUGGCGGGACUUUUAAUAUGAUUAUAAGUUAGAUUACAAAACCCAACAAUAUAACUAAGUGCAUUGUGAAAACUUUCCAGAAUUCAUUGAACAACGGAGAGCCGACCAAUGAAAACAAAAAUUAUGAUACGAAGCACCAAUUGGUAUCAAAAUAGGAAAGUUAGUCGUGCAGAAAGCAAAUUCAGACAUCGUUAAACCAAGCAGCAGAUAUCACAUAAGCAUUUUACGCAAGUAAUUAUUGUAUUUUAAAAUUCAAGUUCUUAGAUCAGCGUCCUACGAAAACAUGAUCUUCGAAUAAUGAAUUAAAUACGCUACAGUGAAUGCACUAUCUUGUGAAUUAUAUAAAAAUUGGAGCAUAAUGUUGAUUUAAAAAUAUAAUUUAAGUAGGCUUGUAAUGUUUAAUACCAUGCAGCUAAAUACUAAGAUAUUUGUGUGACUAACAAGUAACCAAUACUCUUAAAUUCUGUUAAAAGAAAAGAACAGAUUCCUUACACAUGUUAGGUAGCAGUUAUGUUGUAUUACUAAAUGUGACCAAUUGCUGUAAACUACGUUGUACACUUCAUAAGUUUCAUCACAAAAGGUAAUAUUGGAAUUGGAGUGGCCAUUUUGGGUCUUAAAACUCAUAAAUAGAACAUUAGUUUAAAUCAAAGAUUGCAAUGUCCUCGAGAAGAAAAUUUGGAAAGACGUGCUUCAAUAUUACAUGAGCAUUUACAAUAACAGAUUUGUGCAUGUUUUAUGUAACACAAGUGCAUUUGCAGGCGUACUAAGAGCCGAAUAGUAAUAUGCAAGAAGUAUCUUGUGCAGAAUGGGGCUUUUUAGAUUGAAAAAAAUUAACUAAUCCUUCAAAGGAACCUAUAGUAUUACUACCUGUGGGCCAAAAUACUUAACAUACUAACAUGAAUGUGGUUAGGUCAAUAAAUAAUUAUGUGAAAACGAAUGAAAACAAACGGUUCUUUAACUCAAUAAUAUUUGUUGGGUAUCCGGUGCAUUGAGCGACGCUGCUUGUUGUGACUUAUUAAAUAGCGGUAAAUACCUAAACGAAUAGUAGGACAUUUGCUCAUUUACGCCUGCCAAUGAGUGUAGUUGCGACAUGCUCAUCCAGAUAUUAAUUUAAGUUUGGAGUAAUGACAUACAAAAUGUCUGUCCUUUCCGCUGCAACAGUAGUGCAAGAUAAUAUCAAUUAUUUAAUUAACUGUCACUGGCAAUUAUGUGAGGUUCGCUGGGCUUAGUGAUUCGCUUUAUUGCUCUGCUAAAUUUUAACACGUUCAAGCAAGAAAACAAACUGUUGUCCUACUGAGUCCCCAAGAGAAUGUUAAACUUUUUUUUAUUUUUUUACGUUUUGCCGCAUAAAAUUACUUAAAUCCACAAGUUGAAUUAAUAGGAUACUGUUAGUUGUAUAUUUUAAUUAGAGAUGCUUCUUAACGGUUUCAAGAUAGGCCGAUUUUCAAACGAACUAUUUCAAUAUUAUUUAAUAUGUAUUACGGGCAAAACACGCCGUUUGAAGUUUUCAAUAUAUACUAGAAGAUAGACGUCUCGUUAUGCUGUUUUCUCCUAUGUUCUUAUGAAUCACGCCAUGACACAAACACUAUAUUCAAUAAGAAUUACAGUCCUAUAGCUUGACUUAAAAAGUGAGUGGGCGAAAUAUACCACUUUUGAUCAAAACACGGUAGGCCUCAAAUACGUUUAAGAUAAAAACUACCAUAUGUGUGCUAACAACCGCAAACGAAGACUGCAGACCAGAGUACACAUACGAAGAUUGACAUCACUUUCUGCUGUGACUUUAGAUAUGGUUAUAAGAUAUAUUAUGAAUCCAAAUGUGAACUGAUGAACACUGUGAAUUUUUUUCAGAAUUCAUUGGACAACGCAGUGCGGACAAAUAACAGCAACCAUGAUGAUACAAAACACUAAAAUUAGUGGUAAGGAAAGCAAAUUUAACCUUCGUUUUGUCAAGCAGCAGAUGUCACAUAAACAUUUUACGCUAGUAAUUAUUGCAUUUUACAACUCACAUUCUUCGAUCAGAGCCCAACUUAAACAAGAAUAUCAGUGACCUUCGAAAAAAGAAUCCAAUAGGUUACAGUGAAUAUACUAUCACGCGAAUAUUAUGAAAAUAUGGAGAAUUGUUUUGAUUUAAAAAAUAUUAACUGAGUAGGUUUAAAAUUGUUAAUGCAAUGCAGCUUAAUCCUAAGGUAUUUGAGGGACUAGCAAGUAAAUAAUUUUCUUAAAUUCUGCUAAAAGAAUAGCACAGAUUCCUUACCUAUUUUAGGUAGCAAUUAUGUUAGAUUCCUACGUGUGACCAAUCCUGUGGAAUUUGUUGUACACUUCAUAAGUGUCAUCACAAAACGUUGUACUGGGAUGUCGUAUGCGUGGGCAUUUCAGGUGUUGAAAAACCCAUAAAUUGAACAUUUAUUUAAAACAAAGAUUUCGAUAAGCGCAGGAAGAUAAUUUAAAGAAGACUGCUUCAAUGUUACAUUGGCAUUCACAUUAGCAGACCUGUGCAUGUUUUAUGCAACAUAAGUUAAUUUACAAACGUAUAAAAACGGAUUAGUAAUAUGUAACAAGUAUUUUAUGGAAAAUGGUUUGUCAGGUGGACAAAAAGAAUCUCACUCAAAAACGGCUACUAAGUGUAUUGGUAUAUCCUAUGAUUUUUAUGUACAAUAAUGUAUCUUGCAUAAAUUCUGACGUAUUAAUAUGGCAUGUGUCCCAUGGACCAAAGUUCGCUGUUGACAGUAACAAGAUAACGGGCGAACAGAAUGGAGCGAGACAAGUCAUAACCACUGCAGUGCGUUUUGCACACUUACUUUUAGUUUUUUGUUGUCACUGCGAAAAGUACAAUAUGAGGCCCAUACAUGUUGCAACGGAUGUAGACUGCGUUAAUUGGUUAAUGAAGAGAAGUAUUAUAGAAAUAUAUGGGACUCUUUUCGAGAGGAGAUUGUAUGGCGUCAGGAAACUCAUAAUUGUUGAAAGUCUGAAAAUUUAAAACACCGUUCCAAUCAGACAAUCUGAACAGAACAUUAUUUCCUGCUAGCUAAGCAUGUACAAUAACAAUUUAUUCAGAAUAUUAUACAAAGGCUCGUUUAAAUUCACAACGCUUACAAUAAUUGCAGAAGAAAAUUUACUUUAAUGAGGCGGAGAAUCUGUACCGAUUGAACGUUGCACACGGUCAAAAACUAACACCUUGGCGUGCUUGGAACGAAAUAUAUCAGUUUUGAAAUCCUACUUAAUUUAUAUUUACUUUUUGAGAUUAUAUUUUGAAAUUUCGGCUACCAUUUCUUAAAGCCUGGUGAUAUAUAGUACCUCCUUAGUGUAUUUGAAAUAAUCGCGGAAGACCCUUAAAAUAAACAAACAUUAUAAAAUUUCAUCGAUUUUGCAGAAGGGCAAAUUAUUUCGCCUAUAACAGAAAAUCCAGUUAACAUGUUUUCUUGAAAAGGCCGGUGGUCAUGACGAAGGUUGAACACGCAAAAUAAGUGCAGGGCUUGCGUACAACCAAUCAUAUUAUCAUUGGUCGUAAAAGAUUUAGACUUAAGUCUCGUGCCUUUCACACUUAGCUGUACCAUUACAUACAUAGUACCACAGCGUGUAUUGUCAAAUCACUGAUUAGUAAACAGGAUUUAACAGUCAAGUGAGCAAGCAGGAUCGAUUGACUUCAUACUUUGUAAUAGUUUGGGAGUUCUAGUGUGGUCCAGCUGUGAUUUACGUUAUGAAUGCUGGUAAGGAUAAUUAGCUUGGACGGCUACAACCUCAAAUAAAUACACACCGUGUUUUGGCACUCAGUGUAUCAGAUCCAAUCAAGGGAGUUACCAAAACAAGCACUCUUUGUAGGAAGAAAAAAAUACGUAGCCAUUUUUUUGUCUUUUAAUUUUUCUUACAAAAUAGUAAAGUUCCUGUGUGCACGUCAGUAAAAUGCCAUAUUUUAGAAAUUUUAAAAUGAAAAUUGUCAUGUCAUAUUUUUCAUUCUCUUGAGGUUCGCUACUACAUGGGUUCGUUUUAAAUGUUAUUGAUCUUCGAUACAUAUGUAACACUUUAGUCGGCGUGCAAACGGUUGCAUGGUUUACCUGAAAACCAUAAAGAUGUCGUACCGGGCUGUAGACAACCCGCGAGCUGUAAGUUAGAAUUCGAACGCCUCUAGGCACUGAGCGGCGGGUUCAUUGGCCUAUCGGUUAUGAUCGGAUAUAUGAUGGUAGAGUGGCGCUCACCGACCAUUAUUACGGAAAUCACUCCUUCCGGUUAUAACAUUCUUCUAAAACAGAAGGCUUGUUAAAUGCGUUAGACAAACAUCACAUACGGUUUCACCUCCAUGAGGAAGAGCGAUUACAGUUGUUUUGCCUAUGCGCUCUUCACGGUCCGAAGAGCGUGAAGGACGCAGCUGACAUAUUUACCAGCCUCGCAGACGACUUUAUGUAAUGUCUUUUUCAUUAAUCUUAUAACGGCCUUAUUGGAUUGUGUAUUUGCCCUCACGAGCAAGCCCAGAUGGUGUUUUCCAUGAUAUAUGCUCUUUUGGGAGAACUGCGGUUUGCGUGUCUGUGAAUGGUGUUAUACAUGACCUAAAGCUGUACAAUGUCAAUCAAACUGUAUAGGCGGAAUCGAGUCACUAUAUUGUUGCAAUCCAAGUCUAUGCAAACAACACCUGGUGCAUUUUAACAUCCCAAAUCAUAAAAGAGCACAAAAAGAAGAUUACAUUUACAAAAAUCUGAAUAAACAACAAAUGCUGUUGUCGGUAUAGAACUAAUAUAUAUAUAUAUAUAUUCAUUUUGCUUAGCUGAACGGAUUUAAAUAUUUUUUGUCAACAGACGACAAUUCAUGCAAUAGUUGAAUAUGUUAUAGCUUGAAUUAACACAUAUGCCGAGGCAUUUUGUCCGAUAUUCUAACACGUUCGAACGGUAAACGAAUAUAUUUAGUUCUGAAUAAUAAUGUAAUCGCAGUUGAAUGUCGUCGUUGUAGCCACCCAAAUUGCAAGAGCAGGUCAGUUGCAGCGGGAAUUUAUGCAUCCAUUGCAGACUGCCAGGGGAGAAGGCUGUCAAGAAAAGUUAUUUAAAGUAAGUAAGGUCUAAGUAUUUAUUGAUCGAAAAAAUAGAUGAAAUCAUAGUAAAUGAAACAGCGCUUUUGCGGCAUUAUUCAAUAAGGAUCUGCGUGUGCUAACAAUGUAGGAUGAUGAGACAAAUCCUCUAAGCAUUUCCAGGGACAGUGUUACUCUCUGCGUUCAGGCCACUUAGCGUUACUUAUUCGAUUGCACUUCACAACUGCAUAAAUUUAUAUUAUAAAAAUUUCCAAAACACGCCCGCUAGAGCGAUUAAUACAUAUCGACCGCAUGGCGCUAUUUCGCAAACUGUGCGAAAACAAGAUACAAGAAAAAACCGACAUGUUUCAAGAUUGCGUACAAUCUUAUACUAUAUUUCAGGAAUUUCAUUUGAAGCUUUUGGGUGACAUAACACGUUUCUGAUUAUUUUAUAUUCUUACAUUUUUACGAAGUGGCGUGCGCGAAUAAUUGCACCUGUUGAGAUGAAAAAACUGAAUAGCUCGAAGUUCAAUAAUCCUAAUAAUUCUAGGCCUCAACAGGAGCAUAAUCGCCAGGUGUGGCACAUUGAGUCUACGUUGUUUUCUUUUAUUUUGACGGAAAGGUGGAAUUCAUAGUAAAGACAGCAGUUGAUGACUUUCUCCUAGUCCUCAGAUGGCAGCUUGUGGGCGGGCCUUACGUUUGAUGGUGGAAAGAGGAGGAAAACUGUCAGCUUAACUUUCUUGAUGUCCCCGUAUGCUGCAAAGAUUGUGGUGGCCACGUUGUUCUGGAAUGCAAGAGACACAAUUUAUGUACUGGACUUCAAAAAUAGCCCUCAAACAGCCCUCAAACAGCCAAAAACGUUGUUGUUUUGCAGGGCUAUGAGCUGAGCAAUACCAUACAACAAAAGCACCAGUGAGGCCUCCAGUAUCCUUUUCGUAUCACCUGUGUGCGGAGUUAUUAGCAGAUGGGACGCGAAUAUUAGGCAUUGCGGAUGAGACAAAAAAGACCACUGCCACAGCAAAAGGCAUCUGGGGUUGUGUACCGCACCUGGAGCGGUUGCCGUCAAAUCACCAACCUCAGAAAAACUGAAACGCUGUUCCGGACACGUUACCGAAAGCAAAGCAACAGCGAGUAGAUAUGAUUUCAACAUUCAAAUAGCGGUCUAUUCGACUAGACCUGACAUCACAUUCAAAUCGAUGAGGCGGUUUCAAUAAGGUGAGCCGCGAUUUGCAUGAUGCACGGUUUGCGUGGUCGCAGUCAAUGAACACAUAUACGGUGUUGACACUUAGAAUGGCCAAAACAAAUUAGUCACUCCGCGGACGCAUAUCCACGUGAGCCAUAUGAUCACGCAAUCGUCGCACCAAUAUCUCCCACGGAUGAUAAUUUAGCGUAGCGACAGCAACUUCGUUUGCACGAAUUAUCCGUAUCCGUCACUGCCUUUGCUGACGAAUUCGAGCGUGAAUGCGAAACGUCAGGCGAAUAUAAUAAUUAUUCCAGGAACUCUCAUCUUCGCUUGUGUCGGCAGAGAUGAACGCAACCAAUGGCUUACAACCCGGAGUGAUUGUGAGGGCACGCACACAAUAUCUGCCUAGUACAGUAUUAGAAAUACUGCGGCAUGAACACCUGCAAGUAAAGGCCGCGAAGAAUUCCUACGCAAGAAGGGGACUGAAAGGAGAGUUCCAAGUAAGUAAUUUAACAAACUGUGCAAAUCAGAUUCGUUCCUGUAAUUGUCCUAUAUAAGACACAGGUUGUCCUAUCAAUUAUCGGAAUACCGAUCGGUCUUAUCUGAAGAACGUAAAUCCUUCUCUGUUUGCGCUUGUUUUAAAUCUGGGUCAAACGUCGUCGACUAUGUGCUUGACAAUCAAAGGAAUGCUAUUUAAUCUUAGGUUUGUUACGCAUUUAAACUUAAGCGUUUUUGGAUUACCGCGUAAAACAGUUAAACCGCCUCAUUAACCGGUGGCGAACAAUGUAUAAUACGUCCUUGUAGACAUAGUAGGCGAUACAUAUGUAGAUGCAUUACAAAGUCUACGUGUGCCUUAUUGACACGGUAUUGUGCGAUCGUUUUUAAAAGCUCGUAAAUUGACAAAAUUGUGAUGUCUACUAAUUGUCAACCAGGACAUAUUCCAAGUGGUACGACGGGAGUUAGAAGCAGGCGUUGGUACCUUCAAUUGAUGCAUGGUCAUUCAGGUAGUAUACCAUACAAAGACUGCAAGCAUUUAGUGUGCACUCACAUAACAAUCCAAAAACAGAUUGUGGUUUCAAAUGUGCAUUGUAAGCGGGAGGAGACUGGCAUUUGAGGAUGAUGCAAAAAGAAAAUUUAUAAUGGCGUUUAGUUUGUCCGUAAUAAGCAAAAAUAGCUAGCAAUUUAUUUGAUAGCACUCACGCUGUAAAUCACUUUGUAAUUUAUUGCAUAAAGUACUUCAGGAAUCACUGUAAAAUGGUCAUAAAUGUGGACCGUAUGCACAUGUGGGACUGAAUAAUUCCAGGCGAAAAUCAGGAUCUUUGUGCUAAAUGAGGGACUUGUUGAUCGAAAUUUUGAUCCACUAGGCACACGUAGAAUAUAUUGCAGUCAACGUUUGUCCUACAAUCAAGGUUGUUUAUUGACUAUUUACCCAAACGCCCGUCACGUGUUCCGUUUUUGCUCUUCUCUUUAAAGAUAUAUCUUUGUAAUAUUUCGCAUGAUAAUUUAUAGAACUGCAUGCCUUUAAAUGUAGGCUUUGUAAACCUUAAUUUGCUUGGCCUACAAAAAAUAAAAAUGUUCGUGAAAUAAUUAAACAAGAAAGCUGUGCGUGUUGUAGGACAUUCGAUAUUGUUAACAGCAACGCUUUCCACGCCGCAUUCUUUUUAAAUCAGUAAAUGUAUAUGUCAAAAUGCGCACAGAUUCGAAGACAUUUAUUGAUAAGGAAUGCUAUUGAAAAUUCGAAAAAAACCAUCAUAAAUAAGAAAAAUAUAUUUCUAAGCAGAAGACAGCGUCUGUUGUACUGAUAAGUAUCUACUAUCUAAGUAUCUCUUAUCUCUAGUAUCGAAGUGAAAAUGGAUGUUAAAAGUGCCAAUACAUCGUCCGACUUGGACAACUGUCACAGUUAUGCUGUCGCCAUUCACCCUUAGAGUCAAUGUCGUGUAGGAUUUAAAGUUGGAUACAUUUUCAAAAUGUUUUGCCGUUUCUGUAAACGAAAAAUAACUUUUUGCGCAAGGUAUAACAAUUUGGAUAUGAAAGCGGUGAACUUGUAACAAAACUUGUCUUCUAGUCCGUUCGUUAUUUUCCCGGAGUGUUAUGCCGCCAGAGAAAAUAUAUGAGAUCAACAAACUUCAUUUCUGAUUUGGGUAACUAUUAUGCUAAUUCGCCGGUUUUGUGAAAAGUAAUCGACCAAUAAAAACGUUCCAUUUUCUGUCAGAUUUAUAUAGCUCGCUAUUCUAAACUUAUAGAAAUUAUGCGGAAAACUAUUACUUCAGCACAAAUGUAUUCGGGCGUGGAAACACUAUUAUUUUGAAAAUUCAUAUUAGAUAACUCCUAUAUAAUAAAAUUAUGUAAUAGUGUGAAUAUGAGUUCUUCUUGAACACUAAGUUUCAGUCAUCAAACGAAAUAUUUCUUUUAAAGAAGGCGUACGAAGGAUUGACCCACGAAACGCUUUUGAUCUUCCACGAUUUCGAAAGAACCUUUUAUAUUAAAUAGUAUUGUGAUAACGUAGAACAAGAUUCUAUAGAUUAACAUCAAGUGACCCAACGUACGAAACGUAAACGGAAAGUGAUAGAAUACUUAUGCGUCCCUAAAAAUAACAUACGUUGUUCUAUGUUGUUGUGCAAUGUUAACGUGAAAUAAUAUCGUACAUUUAAGCUGAAAUCAAAGUUGGCAUUAGAAAGACAAUUACUUGUCUCGCUAACUUUCCUAGAAUUCGUUUGUGAAUCAAACCCUACUGUUUCCUAUCCGAUGGAGAUGUAGGCUCGAGAGCUUUACAAAGCACUAAUUGACAGGUUUGAUGACUGUUUAUUUGUCAAACUUUUACCAUACGUGACAUUUUACGAAUGCUGGAUUUUGUUUCAAAAAGAACAAACGGUGUUUCGGUUUUCGGAGGAUAAAAUAGUGGACACUGUAUAAAGAAUGACAACACGGGUAACAAUUGGGAGAUGGCACCCACAAAAUUCCGGUACCGAUGAGAAUAUGCCGGAGGACUGCAUGAGUGUUCGUCCACAGACUGAUGAGAGGAAUAUAAUAAGGGCAUUUUACUGAGGGCCGGAAAACUUUAAAAGCAUACAAUCCUAGACAGACUGUGUUAUCAGCUAAGCAAUUUCACAAAAUGGCAACUCUCGUCGGGGUCAAGUGCGGCGAUGUUUUCAAUCACGUCCUUUCUGUUGAUUGAAUGUGCAGUUUUGAACGCGAGGAUAUGAAGGCAUAGGGUCAUGAACAGCACAACGUAGAACGUUUCCUUUAGCCAACUGCAUUCCGCUUUCAAUCCCCUAUUUAAAAAAGCAAUUAAGCAGGGAAUGCGAGCUGGAUCGACUUAAUAUUAUCUGCCUCUUCAAGUAUAUCCGACACCGCGCACAUUUUUGUUGUCAUAUAGUGAUGACGUUAAACUAUAUCGUUCGAAAAACCACGCAAUCGAAGGCCCCACCCGUAAAACCCCUAUUACCACCUGUUCGUAAGACAGGCUGUCUUGGUUGGGCGGAUUUUUUUAGGUGCCAUCUCCCAAUUGUUACCGAAUAUACUACCACCUAAUAUGCGCAUAUUAAUUCGUGUUCUGCUAUAUAUCGGACAUUAAUGCUAACCCGCAAUCAUUUGAAUGUCGUAAAGAUGCUUUGGAGAAAGCAUAAAAUCACGUUAACGUGAUGAGGUCAGAGUAGGGCAGAUGGCCGAGCAGUCAUCACGACAGCAUCCAACACGGGCGUUUGGACUUCUGCGUCUAAUAACUUACGUAUCCGCAAUCAAUCCAUUAGAGCACCAGCGUACAACCAUCCUGGAUUAAGGGAGGAGCGGUAAGUUACCAUAUGUAUGCAGUAACAUGACGUCUGCAUCCUAUACGUACUGCGAGUUCCUGUCAACGAAUAACUUGCAUUUGUCACUGUUUAUGAUGAUUUGAUAGAGCGAUAAUCGGUAAAGUCAGGCAAAUAAAGCUCCUUUAACGUUAAAAAAAUCUAUUAAUAUUUUUUUCACAACAGUAAAUAACUGAUUUUCUCAUUUAAAAGCAGUCAUUUUUGCUGAUUUUACCAAAGUUUUAUAUGUACUUUGUGUGCCUGAAUUUAAUGAAAUGCCGACAUUCAAAAGCAAAUAUAUUCCUUUUAAUGUAAAGGUUUUGAAGUUUUCGUUCCUACGUUUAACAUAGGGAGAAGCUCAAACGCACAAGACGUAUCUAUAAACAUGUUUAGAUUUUGCGAUGGCCAUUAAAUGAUAACUGUUUAAGCGGUAACUUGGCAAAGAAUGACAUUGAUAAAAAAAUUUCUCACAUUUACGCAAGACAUCGAUUUAGGCGUUAUACGCUCAUUUCAACGGUAUAUUCUUUGUGGCUCAAGGCAGAACGUCAAAAGGUUAAGUAGGGAAGAAGUCACCCAGGCCCGUCUUUGACCGUGGCCCUUCACUGACGUCUAGUAAAACCAAAAACCAACUUUACGAAUCUUCCAGAUAUUACCUCCGUUUACUUGCUUCCAAUACAGAUAUUCUCUCUUUAAUAUAACAAAAACAUAUCAAAUUAGUCAUUAAGCCAACAAAAAUAAAAACUCAUUGAAGUUUUGCAAUUUGGGAGGGAUGGUUCAAAUGGUCUAAAAACCAUACGACCCGUUUGGUAUACUCGAGCAUAACACACCACGAUCUGUUCGUUAACACGUUACUUGGAAAGUUAAAGGCGUAAGUCUCUUGUCACUGAUGUCAUGGUAUAUACUGGUGUCAGGUCCAUCUUUAAUUCAAUCCGACAGGACCAGAAAAUCGAGACCGUCAACAUGUUUCUACAAAGCAAAAACGAUGAAACGGAGAACCACCUCGGACACGACAAAGUCCUUUGGCCACCAAAAUCUUUUCUUGGUGCGUAAUUCAGGUUUGACUUAACAAAUCCAUAUACAGGUGGAUGUAAGACCAAUAAAUUCGCCGGUUUCGUGACAUAUACUCGAGCUGAUCGGAGAGUGGUUAAUGUCGCUGAUAUUCAAACAUUAAAGACUAAAAUCCUAGGCUAUGUAUGUGGACAGUAAAUUCGUCGUCAUCGAAGGCGAUCAUAUGUUAACGUUCAAACGGCAUCUAAACAACGUUUUCCGGCAUGUCCUCGUCAGUCGCUAAGACUGUGGUGGCCUAAAGACUAAAGUGUUCAGAAAGGCGACGAUCACGACUAAAAUACUAAACUUAAACGGCAACCGGUCAAUCAACCAAAACGCCGUUGCAUAAGCACGAUAUAUAGGCGUGUUGCAGAGUUCCAAUAUAUUACGGGUUUUCAGAACAAAUGCUGACCCAUGCAGAUUUGUCAACCGGUUCAUAUCUCAACGAGACGAACGACAAAAUCGUACCCACCCCAAAUUCCGACGAUAGAUCCCGUACAUUGCACACGUCUCCGAGCUUGUGCGUCGCCUUUUUGCCCCGCUUAAUGUUAGAGUUGCACACAUACCGAAGGCGACUAUAAGGCGUCGGGUGGUAUGGCAAAAAAACCACUGUCAUGGCAAGAAACAUCUGGAGACGUUUACCGGAUCAGUUGCGGUUACGGGCAAGGCAACUACGUCAGAGAAGCUUGAAGAAUGUUCCGGAUGUUAAUUGCAAACACGCGGCAGCGCUGUGGACAAACGACGCCAACUCUCAGUUUGCGGCCCAUUCGACGAGACCCGACCAAACUUCAACUUCGAUGAGAUCGAAUUUCUCGCGAGAGCCGCAUGUCGCUUCAGUCACGGUUCAUGGGGCUCCAGUCUAUGAACAAGUGCAACGACAACCGUACUCCAUAUUCGUUGCUGAAGGAUAGUCUGGCAAAAGUAAUUAAUCGCUCAGGGAGCAAACAGACCGGUGAGCCAGAUAGCCGACCAAUCAUCAUGCCGGCAUCUAACACGGGUGAUGUGAUUUCAGCGAUGAACUCCAUGUAUUCGGGCAACCAAGCGGUAAGUGCACCAGCCUACAAUAAUCCUCGACCAAACGGAGAACAGGUUGAUUAUGAUAUGUUAGCAGUGGCAUAGCGACUGCAUCCCGUACGUUCUGCGACAUCCUAUGUACUAAUUAGCAGAAUAUGUCACUAUCUUUGAUAAUGCGUUCGAUCGAUUUUCCGUAACGACCGGCGAAUAAGCCUCUUGUACGAGCAAUCGCUUCUGAUUCUAACUGAAUAUUUCCUGAAGCCGUAUCGUCCCUUGUAUCGGCAAUAUUAGGGUUCUUUUCAUAGCGGUAUACUAUGUAGACAUUCGUCCACGGAUAUAUUGUGUAACGGAUGUUUUAAAGAAGAGACAGUUAUAAGUGUAUUUCUGUUUUCUCUGACACCGUCCAAAACACAAAGUUGAGCUCGACGUGAUAUAUGGAAGUUUAAAAUAAUUCUCUGAGAGAUACUGUGUUAAUUUGCGGAAGAGUUGGUUUCCUCGGUGCCGAUCUCGGUCCCUCUAUACUCUCUUCAGUGCGCCAGUUCGCUGUCCGAGCCUGUGGCCCGUUUGUUGCCAGGAGUAGACGCAGUGAGUAGCGCAACAGGAAACCUGCGCUAAGGCGUGCGAACAAGCUUCCAUGUACGGCGGUGGUUUUUGAGUGUGCGAACUCUGAGCUAACUGACUGUCUCCUAUUGCACCCAUAUCAGGCCUUCUUCACUGCUUAGCACAAUAACAACGUCAACCACACAUACGGACAUGUGAUCUGACUAUUUAUACUCAAACUAUUAAACACUGCAGUUGGGCAAUCACAGUUAUUUCUUUACGUAUUGUGUUUGAGAAGAACAUGAGUUCGGAUAUCACGUUAUCGGACUGUGGGGUUGUUUAUGGUAAAAAAAUGACGAGAAAUAUGUCAGCAGUCCUCAGUGCAGACUCCCACAAUAUAACCAGUCAUCUCCCCUCGCCUAUCUUACUAGUAGCUGUGCGAUUACCCACGGAGCAAUUGAAGUGAAAAGCAUUUUCCGCAGCCAAGUGUAAAUUACUGGAAAGCAAGCAUAUGCUUGGUGUUUAAAGCGGAAUCAUUUGCUGGUCUGUUAUUUGAACAAGCUGCUAUUAAUGCAACAGCGAAAAUGAUCUUUCUGCUUGCAGUAAAUGGCUAUUCAAUAUUGGAAAGGGGAGUAGUUAAAAGCACUUUAUAUUAAAAUAAUGCUAACUGUAUUCGCAAAUGUGAGUAAAUUUACAAACAUGCCCAAAGUUUACGGCACUUAACGUACAGCAAAGUAGAUGUCUUAUAAUAGCUUUUUUCUCUUUGAUUAUCAAGCAACCAGAAUGUAAGUAAUUUGUCUUUUCGAACCACCGAUUAAAACACAAAUACUCGAACUACUUAAGCUGACGUUUCAAGGACGUGCAGAAACCUACCCAACUCCGCCACUUUCAGCGCAUAUAUAAACGUUUCGCGUAAGUAUAUGCCUUCAAAUAUACGGGGACAGGUGCUUACGUGAUGACAUUUUUAGAAUUAAAUUUAACUUGUCACUAAAUUUCCGACAUAGGUAAUGGAUAUUAAGAUUAAAAUUUUUGCGUCAAACCGGCAAUCCGUUUUCAUUGACAGUUGUUAAUCGCAACGAUUUUAAUAAACAAACCACGUGCCUUUGUCAUGGCGCCUGAUUGCAUUUGCUCGCUCCUUUGUGUCUUGGGGCUCAAUGAAGAGCCACCUUCGCAGUAGAAUAGCGAAUAGGAAGGGCGUCUCAACAAUUUGCCUCUAAUCUUUUAACGUCGACCCACACCGUCGCCGUGACCCCCGUGCCUUUCAUAGUGCAACCGGAUCAAAACAUUGUUUAAAACUUGAAGACACUAAGAGGAAAAUAGGCCGACUAUUACGCUAUUUACUGUAUUUAUUUCUGAUUCGUCUUUGUGGUCUUACCUAUUUGUUCUUUGCUUCGACAUGCCUCAAGCGCUUCUUGAAAGGAGGUUAACUCUGUAAUCAAGCGCGUUAACUAUUUUGACAAUUAUUGCUCUUCUAAAACAAGAUGUGUAUUCUAGUAAUAUUUCCUGACUUUCCAUCCAUUGUUUAGGUCUACAUUUAGUUCGAAAACAUGCACCUCUAUUAUUGUGCUUUGCAUGAUACAUUUGGACCUAUUCGCGAACCUUAUGAUAUUAUACUAGUUUUAUCAUGAGUAACUGAUGAUGGUAUGCUCCAAUGCAAUUUGAUAAUUGCGUUGGCCUGUACGUAUGAAGAAACUCUUACUGGUGGAUGCGACUAGAUGUCUAUUAAUCGCGAUUCCCUCACGUCAUCGGUAUUUCUGUGAAACAGACAAACACAACUGCCAACCCAAUCCGCACUUUCUAUGAGGUAGUAUUGGAUAGAUAUUCAGCUUAAAACUAUUUUUCUAGAAGUUGUAAUGUUUUGCACGAAAGACGAACGUCUUUCCACUGACGUUUGCGAAUGACUCUCUCUAAUGUAUAACAGCUUGUUAUGGAAGACUUACCAUGUGCUGCUAGUCUGACUAGCUUCUGCAAAUCAGACAGCAAAAAUGCCUAUGGUUGAUCUUUAUUCUCUUAGCUGUUUAUUUUGUGGUUUUGAUUGAGACUUUCUGGUCAUCCGGCGUUGUUAAGUCUGAUGUUUGCAAACACCGAACCUCAGGCCAUCACUUUAUUGCUGCGAUCGGAUUUGCUCAUCCCGCUCUGCCUUGGGGCUCAAUGAUAAGCCUUCCCGGACAGUCAAGUGUUGACCAGGAAAGGCGUUUUAAUAAUGUGUCUUUAACCAUUUAACAUUCAUCCGGUUAUAUAAAAUCAUCACCAACAGCUCGAUAGCCAAACACUAACUUAAAUAUGUCUGUAACUUGAAGAACAUCUGCGGAAAAUUUGGCUGUUUACGAUGUUGAAUGGCAUAUGAAGGAUAUUCAACGUUAUGAAUUGUUUUUAUUCCUGUUCUGUGUGUGCUGUCUUGGCUACUAUUUUUUGCAUUGACAUGUCUCAGACGCUUCCGGGGAGCAGAUUUAUUCUGCAGACACGCCUAAUGGCCGAUUAAGUAAUUCGGCCUCUUCCAAAACAAGAUAUAUAUUCGACUUAUAUUUUGUAGACCUCCCAUAUGUGGUAAACGCAUUCAUUUAGCUCCAACCCGGCCGGUUAAUCAAUGCGGUUUGUUUGGUGCAUUUGACCUGGUUUACAAGCCUUAUGAUUUGGCACUACUGUUUUUAUGAUUUACUGACUAUGUGCUGUCCUAACGCAUCUCGGGACUUAAGAUGGGCUGUAUGUAUGAAUUAACUAUUACUGGUGUAUGUGACUAGGUGCCAAAAAAUCGUGAUUUUGCUCACGAAUAACAUGCGGACACGGACGACGAUAUACUGGCGGAACGGAUCGAAAAUCCGCCAACCAAGUCCGAGCAUUGUUUGAGGUAAUUUUGACCAGAUAUUCCGCUUAAACUUGAUUUAUCAAGAAGUUGCAAUGUCUCGCAAGAAAGACGAUCGUCUGUCAUCCAGUAUUUGCCGAAACUCUCUCUUAUGGACAGGAGCGCUCUCGGGAACACUAACUAUGUGCUGCUGAUCUGAAUGUUUCUGUCACGCAGACAACAACAAUGCGCACGAUUGAUUUUUCCUCUCUUGCCUGUUUAAUGAUUGGUUUUCAAUGUGACUUUCGUCAAACUCGCUAGAGGACCAUUCGGGGCAAAUAAGGCGUAUUCUUUUCGAAUCUUUAAAAUUCCGAGAACUGCUUACUGUCACUUGAGCCGUUGGAGGGAAUCCUUGGUGGACCAAACAUAAUCACACAUUAGCUGGAACGUCAAAAUUUCGUUAAGAAUGUAGAUUUGCAAAAUUCAUCGCAUAAACAGUUUGGAAGAUUGGCUAUGCCAUAGCGGUCAUGGCUUGGUGUAUAAGGUCCGAGUUCUGGGAAUUAUGGAGUUCAAAUUAAACCGCGCAAACCUAAUGAAGUAAUUCAACAGUUGAAUUCUGCUCGCAGUGUUGAGUAUUUUGUAAUUGAUGCAAGCGCUUAUAUGAAGUUUAGUAUCCAUUUAAGUCAGCCUGUAUACAUUUUAAGUCUCGCCUGCGGACUACAGACACUGUUCAUGCGGGUAAUGCAACUGUUCAUCGCUUGUCAUCAACUAUGGGCUCUACAAGGACUGAGCGUGCUUAGCUAUUAAGACAACUCCAAUGUAAAAUAGGGUUGGCCAUUUCUCAUCACAAACACAACAAGUUAAUCACCCAUACUUGCACGUCCACUGUCCCUCGUAAUCGCUUUAAGACGGUGCGAUGUAGUGGUUAUUUCAAGCAAAAUCCACACUUGAUGUAUGUUAGAAGGCAAGUAUGAGCUUUGGAGGGCCAGCAUAAUCGACCUGCUAACCAACUGUCAGUUUGACGUGGCAAGGCGCAUUGCUUCAGACGAAAGUUGGCCUGACCUUAUGUCUAAUGUCUAGGUUGUGAGUAAGCUUACGGAGUUUACCGUCAGUUAACCGUCUUUGAGCACAUUUAAGACAGAAGACAUAUGCUUAACCUUGGAUUAUAAGCUCAAAGAUGUGCGCAAGAGCACUACCGGCUUCAGCUUAUAACUGCAGCCUAAAAGCAGUGAAUAAAUAUCGAGGGGAUAACCUUAUACGACACAGGCUUUUUGCACACAGAAAUGGAUGUUCUUCCAUUCCCCACCGCAAGCGUUCUCCUGUGACAGUCAUCGUGGUUGAUGACGUGUUUAAGGAAAAUGUUCUUCCUCUCACUCAAUUGGUGAAAGAUUGCGUCUUCUUUGAAAAAUAGGCUUGAUGAAAUAGCAUUAUUUUCCGGAUGCAUUUUAAUCCGAUCUGAUGUUACAACCUCAUUUUUGGUUCACAAGCGCAUGCGGUAUACCAUUAUUACAGUACGAAUCAUGCAUUUCCGGUCGCAAGCAAAAAGAAGAAAAAAGGGCUUGUGGAAUUUUUGCAUAAGUGUGAACCGCGUCGUCCUCUUAUUUAGAAAGCACUAAUAAAUAUACCGAGGAGAUGGUGUACGACUGGACAUGAGCCAAUCGCACCAAACCAGCCACCAGAACGUAACUGCAAUUCACUUGGCCCACCAUCUCUCUCCCACCUGAAAAUGCUGUUAGUUUUAUUCUUAACCUAUCCGUAUCCAGAGCUCAAACUGCAGAAUGUCGUUUUGCCUGCCUUGUUUAUCAAUGACUUGAACAGCAAUUUACAUAUACAACCAUUAAGAGAAAUUAUCCAAAACGAACAUAUGCUUAACGAUUGGGGCUUACGGUCCUUAGUGGGAAUUUAUAAAGCGAUUUCUAUUCACAGAAGUUUUCUUGGAAAAUCACCCCAUCGUAUAUGUACUGAGGACGGUGUAGGCCUUGACGGCACAUGACAAAUUAUGCAAAUACGAUUACGUACCUCCAUACAGUCAUAAAUCAAAUUAAAUUAGACCUCAAUCGGUGCGAUGAAGCCUGUUGAUCUCCACUCGUUGUGGAUAGUUUUUUUAAAAAUAACAAGAUCGGUGCGCCUGAUAAGCAGAUUACCUGCUUGCCAAUAUCAUGAGCAUGAUUAAAUAUUCAGGUUUAAUCCACUGCAAGCAUUAAAAAUACAACUGUCAAAAGCGCCUUUUGGGAAGUGAACAUAAUUUGUGCGACGAGUUUUAGCCACUACAAUUAUUUUCCCCUUCCUCUUUUACCCCCCUAAUUAUUCCAUUCAGUUUUUCUAUGCUUGGUAGACAUGAGUGCAAACGGCAAGUACUUGUGUUGCAAAAAACUUUCAUUGUACGCUCAAUCGCGAGAUUGUCACCAAUUACUAUCAUAAAUGCGGAACACUUGAGCAACGAAAAAAUCUAUUUGAAAUAGCAUUGAAUGAACUAGAUUGCCACAUUCAUAAAUGAACAAUUCAGUUAAAGUGUGGAUCUUUCAAAAAACAAUAAAUAGGCUGUGAAUUGAUCAAGCGAAUGCUUGAUAUACCGUUAUGUUCAAUGCAUACCGAGACAGAUAGCAAUCGCUCAAAAACUACUUCCAACUUGACCACUAUGACGCAUGUUGAAACCAAAUAAUGUUUAAAAAGGAAACAUGUCUCCUAGUGGAUUGACAAACUUAGUCAUAUUUACGUUUACGCGAUACUGCAUUUGGCAUUCAGUGUCCAACAAGUAUGACCUAGUUCAGGGGCUCUAAAUGCGGCGUUGCAUCCUCUCGCUUUUUCGUUUAGGGUGUCUUUUUGGAGGAGGAGGAGGAGGAGGAGGAGGAGGAGGAGGAGGUAAAUUAA